GCCAUAUUUUUUUCCAUGGAUCCUGGUGCUGCUUACCAGGGGGUCAACCAAAUAGCCAGGGUCUUGGAGGUGGUGGUACAUACAAUGUUUUGUGAUAAUUAAAACGGUGCGAUUUAAAUAACCAACUAAACUGUUAACUACAGUUUUAAAUAAAUUGGGGCAGUUGUCUAGUUAUGUGGCUGCAUACGGAGAUAACCCAGGACUAUAAUGGCAUCAACCAAAGAUCCGGGUAAAGGAUCUUUUAAAAGUAAAAUAAUGUCUAAUCCAACGGAACAUUCCUAUAGCCCCAUGGACAUCGUAUCCGGGGGUGUAGCAGGAAGACUUCGGCAAUUGGAGAGCUUGUUUAUCAGUGGCCCAGUCCAAGGAGGAAAAAUAGGUCAUACAUUUUCUAUUGAAACUCUUAUUGAUGUUCUAUUGAUUCUAUAUGAUGAGUGUUGUAAUUCAUCAUUGAGACGCGAAAAAACAGUUUCUGAUUUUAUUGAAUUCGUAAAACCGGUAGCUGCGUGCAUUAAAAGUUUACAACUAUGCCGCGAAGAUUUCGAAAUAAUAAAAGUAAUAGGACGAGGUGCAUUUGGAGAAGUUUGUGUUGUUAAAAUGCGAGAAUCUGACAAAGUAUUUGCUAUGAAAAUACUUAAUAAAUGGGAGAUGCUGAAGCGAGCUGAGACUGCGUGCUUUAGAGAAGAGCGCGAUGUUCUGGUGUACGGCGAUCGUCGUUGGAUUACUAAUCUCCACUAUGCCUUUCAAGAUGACAAUAAUCUGUAUUUGGUGAUGGAUUAUUACUGCGGAGGUGAUUUGCUUACUUUACUCAGCAAAUUUGAGGAUAGGUUGCCCGAAGAUAUGGCACGAUUCUAUAUUGCUGAAAUGGUACUCGCUAUUGGAUCAAUACACGAUUUACGUUAUGUUCACCGUGACAUUAAACCGGAUAAUGUUCUAUUGGAUGCCAAUGGGCAUAUUCGUUUAGCUGAUUUUGGCUCGUGCCUUCGGUUGUUUGAAGAUGGUACUGUGCAAAGUAACGUUGCUGUUGGUACACCCGAUUAUAUAUCACCUGAAAUAUUGCGGGCAAUGGAAGACGGGCAAGGUAGAUAUGGACCAGAAUGUGACUGGUGGUCGUUGGGAGUAUGUAUGUACGAAAUGCUGUACGGCGAAACACCGUUUUAUGCUGAAUCUCUAGUCGAAACUUAUGGGAGAAUAAUGAACCAUAAGAAUUGUUUUGAUUUCCCAACAGACGACACCUAUGACGUUUCUGACGAGGCCAAGGAUCUUAUGAGAAAAUUAAUAUGUAGUUCUGAAUUCAGAUUAGGACAAAAUGGAAUCGAAGAUUUUAAGAAACACCCGUGGUUCAAUGGCGUCAAUUGGGACACACUUAGGGACAGCACUGCUCCCUACAUUCCUGAAGUUUCCUCACCAACUGACACGUCUAAUUUUGACGUCGAUGACAAUGAUGUUCGUAGUUCAGAUGCUGUGCCACCCUCUGCGAAUUCGGCAUUCUCGGGUCUACAUUUACCGUUCAUUGGAUUCAGUUUUACGCAGGGAAGCUGCAUGUCUGACUUGGGCUCGUUGACAGUCUUGCCCCCGCGAAAGGACAAAAGUAUUGAGGUACUUGAAGAAGAGAACAGUCGACUGCUGCAGUCAAUAGCUGAUUUGAAAAAUCAACUUGGAGCAGCGACCACAACUCCGCCCACUGUGUCUCCAGAUUCAAAUACUGCUACGAGAAAGCUACAAGAUGAAAUAAAUACUCUUACUAAGCGGAAUUGCGAGCUCGAGUCACAAUUAAAGUCACUGGAAACAAAUACUAGUGCUGGACAACGUGAGUUACGGGGUAAAGAUAAUAAUGGUGAUGUAAGUAAAAUAGUGGAGCUUGAAAAAUUAGUUCGUGUGUUGCGUGCUGAAAAAGAGGAGGCUACUAAAGAAAAAUUGGAUAUACAGGAGAAAUUAAAACUUCAGGAUAAAGAACUCAAGGAUGCAUUGACGCAGCGUAAACUUGCAAUGGCUGAGUACACUGAAGUUACUGAUAAAUUGUCAGAGUUAAGGCAGCAUAAACAAAAAUUAUCACGGCAAGUACGCGAUAAAGAGGAAGAACUGGAGGUCGUUAUGCAAAAAGUUGACAGUUUGCGGCAUGACAUCCGUAAGGCGGAAAAAUUAAGGCGCGAAUUGGAAAAUCGUGUUGAAGAAGCGAUGGCAGAAACGAGUAAAGAGCGUAAAUUAAGGGAAAGAAGUGAAGAGUAUUGCAAACAAAUGCAAGAAGAAACCGAAAAAAUACGUCAACGUUCUGUUGGUAAUGAUGUUAGUGCGAAUCAUGCUCUAGCAACUCAAGAAAUAAAUCGGCUUAAAUCAGAAGUCGAACAGCUUGAAAUACAAUACAAUGAAAAUUUGACGCAGCAGCAGAGUCGCUAUAACACUGAGAUACGAAGCCUUCAGGAACAACUGCAUGAGGCUGAGAGUAGACGUGAGUUACUUGAACGUGAAGUUCAAAUGACAAAAGAUAAAUUGGAUGCCGCGAGACUUGAAAAUAUUACAGACAGUGAGGACACAAUAAAUGAAUUAAGUAGACGUCAUGAGCGUGAAAAAAUAAUGCUCGCUGAAGAAAAUAAAAAAUUAAUACUUGAAUUGAAUUCAAUGACUGACAGUGUUAAUAGGAUUCAGGGUGAGAGGAGACAGUUGGAAGAAGAGUACGAGGAAUUGAGAAACAAGAAGGAAGCGAUUGCACAGUGGGAGGCACAGAUCACCGAAAUAAUUCAAUGGGUAUCCGAUGAAAAAGAUGCUAGAGGUUAUUUGCAGGCACUGGCGACCAAGAUGACCGAGGAACUCGAAUUUCUCAAGCAUUCAGGUGGCGUUGGCGGGGUCGGAAGUACUUCCACUAUGUCCGAUAAAAAUUGGAGGAACCGCAGAUCUCAAAAACUUGAUAAAAUGGAACUAUUGAAUCUACAGAGUUCACUUCAGAGUGAAAUACAAGCCAAGCAAGCUAUAUCUGAAGAGCUCACUAAAACACGCUCAGAUCUUAUUGCUGCGCAAAAGGAAUUGCGAGACUUUAGAGUACGAGUGGAUUCAAUGACGCACGAAGUAAAACGCAAAGAAAUGCAGAUCAAGGAGCUGCAAUCACGUGUUGAGACAAAUGAUGGUUCUGUUCUACUCUCCGCAACUACUGUAUCGUCAAGCAAAUUGUCUUCGUCAACUUCUUCCACUUGUACUUCUUCUUCUACUUCAAACAACAACAACAUCAACAACAACCACAUCAUUAGAACAAAACCCCAACGUAUCAUCGUACACCAGCCGUCAUCACCCUUACCAGUAAUACGUACUCCCCGCAUCACAACAUGUCGCUUAUUAACUAGAUUUGCUACGGUCAACUCAAUCAUCAAUCGCAAUGCUGUUGCCAUCGUAUCGUCGCCUGUCUUGGAACGCCCCACAUCCCAAAUGUCGUACCUGGAACACUUCCUCAAGGAAACAGCUGGCAGUACACGUCAUGGAAGUGUGGACAGUGUGGAGGGUGAUAUUGAAGAUAACAGGGCUCCUAGUCUUACGAGUAGCAAGAGUAAUCUUUCUGAAUUAAGUAUAGAUCCAACAUCACCGUUGUCUCAUGAAUUAUUAAAUAAAUCAUCGGCACACAGUCAAGCAGCCUUGCAACCAAAACCUAAAUCUCAUCAAUUUUUAGUACGGACAUUUUCAGCUCCGACAAAGUGUAAUCAUUGCACAUCGCUUAUGGUGGGAUUAACGAGACAGGGAGUAGUUUGUGAAGUAUGUGGUUUUGCUUGUCACAUGCCUUGUUGUGAUAAAGUACCAGCAAUGUGUCCUGUUCCACAUGAUAAAACCAAGAGACCUCUGGGAAUAGAUCCGACCCGUGGGAUCGGUACCGCUUACGAAGGCUACGUGAAAGUUCCAAAAAUGGGCGGUGUUAAAAAGGGUUGGAUACGUCAGUUCGUAGUUGUGUGUGAUUUUAAAUUAUUCCUGUAUGACAUAUCACCUGACAGGAAUGCCUUGCCGUCUGUUUAUGUGUCCCAAGUACUGGAUAUGCGAGACUCGGAGUUUGGCGUUAGCUCCGUUCGUGAGUCAGAUGUCAUUCACGCUACUAAAAAAGACAUUCCAUGCAUAUUUAGGAUUACAACGUCUUUGUUGGAACCACCGGGAUUACGAAAUCACACGCUGAUGCUUGCUGACACUGAGAGCGAGAAAACAAAGUGGGUCGUUGCAUUGGGUGAACUUCAUCGAAUUUUAAAGAAAAAUAAUCUUCCAAAUACAACGGUCUUCCGUGCAAAAGAAUUGUUGGACAAUACAUUGGCAGUUAUUAAAAACGUGAUGUCAGGAGCGAUUAUUGAUCCUGAUCGUCUAGUCAUUGGUACCGAGGAGGGCCUAUUCUGUUUAGAUUUAGAUCGUAGUGAGGUUGCUAAAGUUGGCGAGGGAAAGAAAAUAUAUUUACUCGAGUACAUUACCGAAGAGCAAUUAAUCGUGGUGCUUAGCGGUAAGCAACGUCACGUACGAUUAGUCCCAGUACGUGCGUUAGACGGUGAUGAAGUUGAAUGGAUUAAAGUUGCCGAGACCAAGGGAUGUAUUACUUUAACGACCGGUGUUGUAAGACGUAAUCCUCUUACCUAUUGUUUAUGUGUUGCUAUUAAGAAACAGAACGCCUCACAUGUUAUGAUUUACGAAGUAACGCGUACGAAAACUCGUCACAAACGAAUUCACGAAUUAAUGCUACCUUGUCAUGCACAAACGCUACAAGUACUUUCUGAAGGCCGUCUAUGCGUUGGUUAUCCUUCAGGAUUUUCAAUUUAUAGUAUUCUAGGAGACCAUCAUCCUAUUUCAUUGGUCCAUCCAGAGAAUACUUUGCUUGGGUUCUUAACUUACAGUGCAGUCGAUGCAAUGCGUUGUAUAGAACUACCACGUGGUGAAUUUUUACUAGUAUUUCAAACCCUAGCAGUUUAUGUUGACAGUCAGGGAAGAAAAAGUAGAGACCGGGAAAUAAUGUAUCCCGCAGUUCCUUCGGCAGUCAGUUAUUGCGAGGGAUAUUUAUUGAUAUACAGUGAAACUCACGUCGAUGUAUUUGACUGCACAACUGGGGAUUGGCUGCAAACGCUCAAUGUCAAACGAGCACGUCCGCUAAAUAAUUCGGGUUCUCUUACAACUUGCAUGAUCAACGAUAUGCCCUAUGUCAUUCACCUGAGUAAUUUACACCAAAGAGAAUUACUAAAUUUAACACCUGUAGACGGAAGUGGCAGACAGAUAACAAGGCCACGAAGAAGAUUUUCAUUGCGAGAAGGAAAUCGUGGCGCGCGUCCAACUGACAGACGUUCUAAAAUGAUAUCAGCACCAACGAACUUUAAUCACAUUAGUCAUAUGGGUCCUGGCAAUGGGAUACAAAUUCAACGACUGCUCGAUUUACCAACAACCCUUGAGACUGCUGAUCAACAACAGUACUCCAGUCAUCACAGCACUUCCCAUUUACAUCAAACUCCACAGCAACGGUUUUAUAGUCCCGUCCAACCCCCCAGCAAACCAGCUCCUCUGCCACCGAGACAUCCUCCUUCCGAUACUCGGCGACUCAGUUCACACAUGUCACGGAAUUCGGGAUAUUCUCCUCACAAUGGAUCAACAUCAUCGAGACGAGGUCCAGCACCUCCAAGACCAACAGCGACUCCACCAUCAUUACCACGUACACCCGUCGAUCAAACUGAAUCAGAAUCUUCACACAUGCGUUCUCAUACUCCAUUAUCUCUUGGCAGCAUCGCGUCUCUACAAGACAAAGAUCAUGCAACUGGUGGAAGUCCUCGUCAUUCAAUCGCAUCAAAUAACAGUUCAAAUCCUUCAACGCCGCCUAGUCCUGCUCACGAUCAUGGAUCGUCAUCAUACGAUUCAUAAAAAACGUCACCAUCAGCAUCAACAAAAAAUAAGUAACAAAAAAAAAAUAAUAAU